GGUGGUGGCCGGCACGUUGCUCUCGCCCGAGGGCGAGAAGGGGAUCAGAGACGGAUCAGCAGACAACGGGUACACCGAUAAAAGGACGGUGUUAUGUUAGUGACAAGGCGUCACCCUCUAGGAGGGCGCAUACUACUCGCCCUCUUCCUCCUGAUCGGGAGUUUCGCCUUGUUGUCGCGGGCGGCCGCUUUCCCGGACUGGACCGACUGUCCCGCGGUGUGCCGAUGCAAGUGGACCUCCGGCAAGAAGUCAGCCCUGUGCCCCGACGCCGGCCUGACGUCGCUGCCGGCGUCCCUCGAUCCGGAUAUGCAGGUGCUCGACCUCUCCGGCAACAAGAUACCCGCGCUGCAGGCGGAGAUAUUCAAGCGAGCCGGUCUGGUGAAUUUGCAGCGGGUGUUCCUGCGCGACGCCGGCAUCCAUGAGAUUCACGCGGACUCCUUCAAAGACAUGCGGAUACUCAUCGAGAUCGACCUGUCGGACAAUCACGUGAUGAGCCUGGAGCCGGACACGUUCGUCGGCAACGAGCGACUGCGCAUCUUGAUCCUCAGCGGGAACCCAUUGGGUGUGCUGUGCGACAGGCAGUUCCCGCUGCUGCAACACCUGCGCAAUCUGGAGCUGCAGCGCUGCGCCUUGACCGAGAUACACGGCAACGCGUUCGCUCACCUCACCGGCUUGGAGUUUCUCAAGCUGGACGGCAACCAGCUGCAGUACCUGGAGUCCUCGGUGAUAGCCGGCCUGUCGAAGCUCAAGACCCUGACGUUGGACGGCAAUCGCUGGCGAUGCGACUGCCGACUGCGCGGCCUCCGCACCUGGCUGAUCCCGGACGCGACCAGCAAGUUGUACUCCGUGUCUCAGGUCUGCUCCGGUCCGGACAAGCUAAAGGACCGUCGCUGGGAGGACGUGAAGCCCGUCGAGUUCGCCUGUGAGCCCGAGGUGUUCGUCUCGGCGAGCAGUAUACAAGAAGAGACCAACGGUAACCUGAGUCUCGCGUGUCUGGCGACCGGCGACCCCGAGCCGGAGGUCUGGUGGCAGUUGAACGGCGGCCCGGUGAAUGCCAGCAGGUCCGACCAGCCGUCGUACACCGGCGGCCUCGUGGUGUACGCGACGUCCGAGGUAACCGGUGGCAGCGCCGCCAACGGCGACCGGUCCUUCCGGAUCGCCGAGCGGUGGAGCAACCUAACCGUGUACAACGCCAGCGAAGGCGACGCCGGCGAGUACGCGUGCCUCGCGCGGAACAUCGCCGGGCUGGCGCGCGACACGGUGAGCGUGACGAUACCCCGGGUGUACACAGCUCCCACCCUGUCGCAGAGCGACAACUGGCUGCUCUGGGUGAGCUUGGCGGGCGGCGGUGCCGCCGCGGUGUGCGCCUCCAUCUCGGCGGUGCUGCUGGCUCUGUGUUUCUGCGGCGGCGGUCGCCGGCACAGCAAACGCGAGAAGGUGAAGUUGCAAGGUAGCGCGAGCUUCGGCGACCAGGAGAAGAAGCUGCUGGACCUGUCGGUCACCACCACCACCACGCCCGGCCACAACAGCAACGACCGCGGUAGCGGCCAGGGCAGCCUCGGCGAAGCGUGCAGCACCGGCGACCUUGAGCUGGCCGAGCGUGGCUCCAUCUGCGACCCCAUGGCCGCCGCGGCGGUGACCGUGGAGCGGCUGCGGCCGGAGAGUGGCGCGGCGGUCAACGCCAUCCGCGCGGUCCCCUGCACAGCGGUGUUCCCGCCGCCGCCGCCGGAGUUCACCAGCGGGGUGUUGCCGGCCGGUAUCUUCGGCAACAUCUUCAUCUCCGUGUCCUUGCCGCAGGACUCGUCGGAGCGCUGCUACCCGGACCUCCUCGACAUCCCCGUCCACGCGGUGAGCGGCGUGGCCGCGCUCUCGGCCGGCGUGAAGACCACCGCGGCCUUGCCGGCGACCGUCAACGUGUCCAGCUUCGCCACGCUGCCGCGUCGUGCGCUCCGCAGCGCCGAGAUCGGCUCGCCUUACGACAAUAUGGGACCGCGGGUCACCGCCAACGGCAGCUCCGCCUUCUCCUUAACGGACGUGGACCUGCGGCUGUCGCCGCCGCCGCCGCCGCCGCGGAUCAUCCAGCCGCCGCAUGAGUUCGUCUCGCUCUAGGCCGCUCUUCGUCGCAUCACGUCCUCGUGAUCGCGUGAACCUCGUGCUCGGCAAUGUGUCGCGUGCCAACAGCAUCCAGCGGAGCGCGCAGGCGUGCAUUGCGUGCGUCGUUGAUUAUCCGGCCGGAUCGCGACGAUUAGCCGUAUGUGGCCGAACGCCUCAAGGACUCUCUGUUCUUCGAGAACACGCGCGCAUGCGUGCGCUUCGACUGGGUGAGCCUCUCUCUCUCUCUCUCUGUCUCUCGGUGAGGUCUCAAGGACGAGUCGUUUUCCAGCUGGACGACGCUGGACGAGCGUCAUCGCGGUAUCACGCGCCUUUCGAGCGGGCUAUCUCGUGCUGGCUUAUCGUCGGAAGCGCCAUCUUGACUGCCAUUUGCCGAAUCAAAAUUUUCGAGUAGCCUGCAUCUAGUGCGACGUAGAUCUUACUGCCUCCUGAUCGGUCGCACGACCGAUCGUUCACCUUCACAAGCCAGCCAUCUCGCCUGUUUGAUGAGAAGUUUGAGAGUGAUUCAUCCCACAAGGUGUUCCAACAGGAGAAGUGAUCGAUGAUCGACCCGCCUGGAACUGUUUCAGCGUCUUCAGAGAUACCCGACGGGAAUAUUUUGCAUCUGUCCUUUCGUUGUUCGCACACACGCACGAUGCGGAGAGACGUGAGACAAUAGAAGAUAACGCGCCGACCUGGUGGUCCGCCUCUGCAGGCUCCGCCUCUGACCAUCGUCACUUAUUGACGCAUCGAUCAAUACUUGACAGUACGCCGAUUCGAAACACAACCGAUAACCAAGCUCCCGAGGCAGCUUGAAUAUUUUAUAUCACGGAGGCAUUUACGAUCCUCUUCAAUUAUUUUGCAACUUUUUGCAUCACUCACCGAGAUGCGAUAAAGAAGGGUUAAGAACGAAAGGUAACACACACACACACACACGAUGGUUGAUUCGUCUCGAAAAUUUCGUUUAUCGUCGCUUAUUUGUGCAUUCAUCAAUAGUUCAUCCUACUCCAACAAACAACAAUCCAUGACCGAAUUCCUGGGGCAGCUUGAGUUGAUUCCGAAGUGCAUCGUUGGCGACAUUUUUCAAAGGUUCUCUUUGAAUUUUCGCAAUUUUCGCAAGGACGCGACAAAGAAGGGAUAAAAACGGAAGAUAACACAGAGUAGUCAGCUCACUCAGGCGCUUUCAUUCACACUUCCAGACCAUCGUCGCUCAUUUGUGCGUUCAUCGCUGAUAGCUCAUCGUGUUCCAACCGGGGAAAUAAUCGAUAAUGAAGGGGCGACUCCUAUAUAUAUCGGUCACAGAGACAUUUUUUGAUGAAUGUUAAUUACCCGUGAAUUUUUGCAUUAUUAAAGAUGCGACGAGGGAAUAAAAAUAAAAGAUACACACACACACACGCACGCAGUGAUUGACUCGCUCUGAGGCUUUCGUUCGUCUCCUGCCAUCGUGCCCUACUUGCACAUUAAUUAAUAGUUCAGGCUGCUCUAAUUUGGCGGACGAUCAAUGACUGCGCCCCGGGGGCAAUUUGGCUAUUUUGGAAAUCGUCGCAGAUUUCGCCAUUGGCGAUAUUUCCCGACGCAUCCUUGCGCUGCACCCUCGGACGCCUCGUGUUGCGGACGACGCGCGACGAAGCAAGAGCGAGAGACAACACGCGCGCAGCGCGGGACGAGUGUCACCUGGACGGUAUCGUCGCGUCACGAGAUGUAAAUCGUCGACUAACAGCCGGAUACCUCGCGGGGAGAGCAGCGCGCGAAUGUAGUCGUGAUUGGACAUCUCCCGCGGGUGCGAUCCAAGUCGGCGUCAUACCUACCUUUCCGUCGGCCGAUCUGUCUGCGGCGAAUUACCGAGACGGGCAAAUCGAUAUCGCCGUCGUCGUCGUCGUCGUCAUCGGCCGAACGACCGGCCGGCCGGCCGGCCGGCGUGUCACCGAGAUCAGUAUAUGGAACAUUUGAUCAGGCCGAUAUAGGCCAUGACUGUCCGACUUAUCGAAUAUCUGUCUGUUCCGCUUGUCUACCUGCCUUGCCUGCUUGCGUCCGGCCAGCUGCUGUGCGCCCAGCGCGGAUGUGUGUGUGUGUAUGUGUGUGUGUGUGUGCUGAGUGACGGACAAGAGCGUGCGGGAGAAACUUUUUAGGAACUACGAGAGAGUAGUCCGAGUACCUCUUCCUCUCUUCUAGCGCGCUAAGUAAGCGGAGAGAGCGCAAGGCGUUUGUACAUACAGGAAGAAAUCCGGCCGGACGACCGCUUCCCUCGCGGCGGCGGGGCGACCGGCGCGCACUCGCGCGAUCCCCCCAUUAUCUUCCCGUUCAUUCUCCGAAGUGUAUCACUAGUUUGUUACGUGCUCUCUACGUGUGUACAUAUUUGUUAUUACAUUACAUCGUGUACCGCGCGCGCGACCAGGACGUUGCGACAGCGCGCGCAUACGCCGGCGCGUCAUACAUGGAUAUUCAUUAUGAACACUUUGUCAAUUAUAAAUAAAAUCAUUGAAUUUUACAUACAUAGAGUCACAGUUGUUGUUGUUGUUGUUGUUGUUGUUGUUGUUGUCGUACUGCGCGCUCGCUUGAGCGAAACUCCUCCGUUUCCCC